GCAGAUGAGGCAGAUGUCGUGACCGCAACAUGUGUAGUGCGCAGGAGUGGUUGGAGCAGAGCCCAAUGCCUCGACAGAGCGUGACCUGCAUCAAGCCAGAGGAUGCGCCGUUCAUAAAGAGGCUGAAAGAGCGCGUUGGCUUCAAGGAAGAUGGGCACAGCGAGAGAGAAGAACCCGACCGGAGGGAGCCGCUCGACUUGGAAGACGAGAAGCCAACCGUGGUCGUGCUCGGUGAAGGCGACCUGACGGCCGAGCAGGCAGAAGCGCUGGAAGCGGAAAAAGUGCCGGCUGGCGGCCGGAUCCGGUUCCAGAAGCCAAGCAAGCGGAAGGAAGAGGCCAAGCCCAAGCCCGAAGCCAAGAGGAGCAAGGGAGCAGACAGCGGGUCAAGCGCAGUCAAAAACGCGCGUCUGCUUUCCUUCGCCGACGAAGACGAUGACGCCUCGGGCUCUUCGUAAGAACUACGGCACCCGCAACGCGUCUCCGUCUGCCGUGCCUACUGCGUCCUCAAAUGUGGCCCCCUCGAUUUUAGCCCAAUGACAUCAUAGAAGUGUCACGCCGUCGCCAGUUGCGGUCCUGGGGGUGUCAUAGCGGCGGUGCCGAAUGUGGCAGACACCCGUCCCGCCGCAGGUCGCUCUCCAGCUUGACACUCUAUGGAAGUUUCGGCAGUCUGGACGCUGCAACGACGGCGACGCUUGCAUUCUCUCGUGCUUUCUUCCGGAACUGCUACGUCCAACCGCCGGGAUUGCGACAUACGACGGUGUGACACUCCAGCUUUUACGACGCCGUUUGUUUCCACCUUGGGACCACUUUGGACGCGUGGGUGGAACAGGACACCAGACACACCAGUUGGGGACGCAUUCCAGACGCUGUGCCGAGAUGGACCCAAUGGCGUCGCUAGGGCACCCCAGUCCAAUCGUGGGAGGACGAUCUCGGACAAUCUCUUAGCGUGGCGACCUUGGAGAUUUGCCUGGUUCGGAACAACUCGUGGAAAUGUAAUUUUGGUCUUUGCAGUCA